GGGAGGGUUUCGGGUUCGGUGGCCGGUACUCCACCCAGCCCGCCCCGUGCGGCCGGGAGGGUUUCGGGUUCGGUGGCCGGUACUCCAGGCAGUACGCCCCCUGCGGCCGGGAGGGCGGCGCGCUUUGCACAUGCGCAGAGCGGUGAGCGGUGAGCGGCGAUGCCCGGGGCUGGAGGUUCCUGGGUAGCUGCAUUUGUGUUACAUAAAUCACCUCGCAUGGUCCUUGCAUAACAGGGUGGCAGAAUCUGGAAUUCGCAUCUUGCAUUGUCUCUUAAGUUGCAUCAGGCUCAAAGAUGGUGAAAAGGAAAGCGUCAGCCGACUCUGCAGUCAAGACCGACAAUAAGAGGGUGAAGGAGAGUCGAAGUGAACGGGCCAAAGCUGUAAAAUCUGGACAGCACCCGCAGACUGGUAUCCAGGACUCCCAGAAGGAAAAGCCUCAGGUGAAGCCCAGAGUCCGCGGGGAGCGAGCAGCGGCUCCGAGGGGCUGUCCAGUCCCUGCGGCUGGGAAAGCGUCGAAGAGGAAACCCUCAAGGGGCAGGGGCAAAGUGGGGAGCUCCCCGGUGAAGGAGGAAAGAGAGAGCAGAUCUCUUGUUGUGAGUUUGGCAGGUGGUGAGGCAGAGGAAGGCAGCUCACCGGAGGAGAGCGAGGAUGACUGGGAAGAUGUGGAAGGUAUCCAGGACUCCCAGAAGGAAAAGCCUUGGGUGAAGCCCAGAGUCCGCGGGGAGCGAGCAGCGGCUUCGAGGGGCUGUCCGGUCCCUGCGGCUGGGAAAGCAUCGAAGAGGAAACCCUCAAGGGGCAGGGGCAAAGUGGGGAGCUCCCCGGUGAAGGAGGAAAGAGAGAGCAGAUCUCUUGUUGUGAGUUUGGCAGGUGGUGAGGCAGAGGAAGGCAGCUCACCGGAGGAGAGCAAGGAUGACUGGGAAGAUGUGGAAGGUAUCCAGGACUUCCAGAUGGAAAAGCCUCGGGUGAAGCCCAGAGUCCGCGGGGAGCGAGCAGCGGCUUCGAGGGGAUGUCCGGUCCCUGCGGCUGGGAAAGCAUCGAAGAGGAAACCCUCAAGGGGCAGGGGCAAAGUGGGGAGCUGCCCGGUGAAGGAGGAAAGAGAGAGCAGAUCUCUUGUUGUGAGUUUGGCAGGUGGUGAGGCAGAGGAAGGCAGCUCACCGGAGGAGAGCGAGGAUGACUGGGAAGAUGUGGAAGAGCUACAACAUGAAGCAGCUGAAGAACCUUCGGCCUUUUCCGUUCCUGAGCCCCAACUUCCAGAGAAACCUCUGCAGAUCGAGAUUGAGACACCAUUACAUGCCAAGGAGCGAGAGAGCAGAGAGAAGAGGGAAGCUGAAUUUGAAUCCUAUCUUCGUCGAAUGAUCAACCGUUUCACCCGGCAGCUUCGUGAGGACAUCCACAAGGCACAUCUCCUCUGCCUACUGGCCAAUGGAAUGUUCCGGAACAGGACGUGCAGUGAGCCCGAGCUGCGGGCCGUGGCCUUGUCCUUGCUGCCCACCGAGCUGGCCGGGCUUUCGGCCGGGGGUGCGGAUGUCCUGUACAUCUCCCGGCUUCUGAAAUGGUUUGUGUCGGCCUUUGAGAUGGACCUGUCCGUCGGCCAGAGUGACUCAGGGAAGCUGUCCGGAGCUCUGCGGCACAGACUCUCCCGCCGUUCUGCGGGCAGCGAGGAGGAAUUGGUUCACCUGUUCCUCAUCGUACUCCGGGCAUUGCCUCUGUCGUCUCGGCUUGUCAUUUCUCUUCAGCCUAUUCCGUUCAAGCAAAGUGCAAAAGUGAAUCAGAGAGGGGAGAAGUCCGAAGGCGAUUCCCAGGAAGCUCCUGAAGCGGAGGCCGACACUAAACCCGGAACAGCAGCCGGAAAAGAGGCCAAGAGAAAAGCGAGCGUCAAACCAGAGGAGAAGGGGGAGAUCCGGGUGAAGAGAGAGGGUGGGGUCGCUCGGAAGAGGAAGAAGGAGGUCAGCCGUCCCGAAGCGUCCGCUGAGUCUGGGUUCGAGGACGACGAGCGCUCGGGGAAGCGGAAGCUGAAGAAUGAGCGGCGGAGGUGUGUGGCUUCGAAGGUCUCAUACAGGGAGCCUGACACAGACCAGGAUGAUGGCAGCGACUCAGAUUUCGAACUUGUCGAUGGCUCUGCCCACUCCAGCAGCUCCUCGGGUGGAGACGGGGCCCGCGCGCCCGGGGACAAGAGGGGAAAGGGCCGGGUGCGUGGGGGGAGUGUGGAGGCUGGUGAAGAGGGGGACUCGGGGAGCACUGCAUCGAAGAGGAGAUCCUCAGGUUGUAGGAGGGGUGCCAGAGAGGCGAAAUCGUCAGACCAGUGGAUCGAGGUUUAUGCCGACGUCGAGCGGAAGUGGGUGGCCGUGGACUGUGUGCGCAGUUCUGUGGACCACCCAGCGUUGUGCGCGAAGCACACCUCCAAACCUCUCUGCUACAUCAUCAGCUUUGACAACGAGAACAGCGUGAGAGACGUUACCCAGAGGUACGACGUGGCCUGGAUGACCGUCACCAGGAAGCGGAGGGUUGACCCGGCGUGGUGGGAGGAGACGCUGUCGGCGUACAGGAGCACCCGCUCUGAGCGAGAGGCAGAGGAAGACCAGGAGCUGCGUGUGAAGUUGCUGGAACAACCCUUGCCCAGCUCCAUCGUAGAGUACAAGAACCACCCACUGUACGUGCUGCAGAGACACCUGCUGAAGUAUGAAACGCUCUACCCACCCACUGCCUCCAUCCUGGGCUACUGCAAGAAGGAAGCCGUCUACUCCCGGGACUGUGUACAUGUGCUUCACUCCAAGGACACCUGGCUGAAGGAAGCCCGUGUGGUGAGAGACGGAGAGGUGCCAUGUAAGAUGGUGAAGAGUCAGUCCAACAGGGCGCGGCGAGCACGCAUGUCAGGCCUGGAGAACGGCGGCCAAGACGAUCUCGGGCUUUUCGGACGCUGGCAGACGGAGGAGUACCACCCGCCCAGGGCCACUGACGGAAAGGUCCCACGGAACGAGUUUGGGAAUGUUUAUCUAUUCAGACCCUGCAUGCUGCCUGUGGGCUGCCGUCACCUGCGGAUCCCCAACCUGCACCGUGUGGCGCGUAAGCUUGACAUCGACUGCGCCUCCGCCGUCACUGGCUUCGAUUUCCACUCUGGACAUUCGCACCCAAUAAUAGAUGGGUACGUGGUUUGUGAGGAACAUGUGGAGGUCUUACUGACAGCGAGUAAACAGGAGGAGGUUGAGCAGGCCAAGAGGGAGCAGCUGAAGCGCGAGAAGCGGGUUUUGGGGAACUGGAAGCUGCUGGUGAAGGGGCUGCUGAUCAGGGAGCGGCUUAAGGCUCGCUACCAAUCCCAGGAGGGAGCUGUUGUAAACUCCGGGCAGGGGCCCACAGGCUGCUCCGAGGACGAGGGUCCCAGCGAAUCGACCCCGGCCACUGACACUGCUUCCUCGUGGCCCCUGAACCGACAGGAAGGGGAGACAAGCCAGAAGAGGCGCAAACUGAAGCGAGGCGAGGAGAAGCACCUGUUCCCCUUCGAGAAGCUGUGAGCCCUCACCCCCACACACCAGGGUGGCUUGGCGCCUUCCUCACGCACCCACCAGUGGAGAGGGCUCCAACCUGUUUCCAGGGAGCAGCUGACCAGGGACAUCCCAUUAUUUGCUGCUACCACACGGAGGUCCUGCCAAGAUCCCUGCGGCCUCUGUUUCUGCUGUUCUUGGUACCGAUUCUCCGCACUGUGUGUGUGUGUGUACUGCUCAGUGUGAGGGGCUUCAAUCUGUACAUUGCUCAGACUACCACUGUCCUGUUGAGAAUCAGUGGGUCCCUGACCACAGAGUUCACAAGACCGGGAGAAAGGCAUUCUGUUCUUGUAAGAACCACAUUUGUCAAACUUGCACCCUGUCCCUCUGUACCCCAACUUCCUCACACCAGCAGGGCAUUACCAGCUGUUCAGUUAUAACUUCACUGCGGAAUUAUUCAAGUGUUUAACAUUCUUUCCUAUAUUUGCAGAAAAAAGAAUAA